AUGGCGACAACAACAGCCAAAAAGUCAAAGGCCGCUCACUAUGCGGGGAGAUUCGCUGUAGAGAGCGAGCCAGGCCUCACCACCGCGCAGCUCAUGCUUUACAACCACGAUCUUGCACCAGUUGAGCCUGAGCGUCGUCAGUGGGGCGCAUGGAACUUUGCUGGUUUCUGGGUCGCCGACUCUUUCAACAUCAACACAUGGAUGAUCUCAGGCUCCAAUAUCGCCGACGGACUAUCAUGGUGGCAAUCCUGGCUCUGUGUUUGGAUCGGCUACUCAAUUGCUGCAUGCUUCGUUUGCAUGACUGGUCGUAUUGGUGCUACCUACCAUAUCUCGUUUCCUGUCGUCAACCGUUCCUCUUUUGGCAUCUGGGGAGCACUAUGGCCUGUCUUCAACCGCGCCGCUAUGGCAUGUAUUUGGUACGGUGUACAAGGCUGGAUUGGAGGUACCUGCGUCUACCUCAUGAUCCGAUCUAUCUGGAACAACUGGCGUGACGAAGAAACACAAGGCCCCGGUGGCGUCCCGAAUAGCAUUCCCAACUCUGGCACAAACACCGUUCACUUCGUCUCUUUCUUCUUCUUCUGGCUUGGAUCCCUCCCAUUCCUCUGGCCUGCCGUUCACAAGAUCCGCCACCUGUUCACUGUCAAGGCGUACGUUGUGCCCACCGCUGGCAUCGCCUUCUUCAUCUGGGCAAUCGUUCGCGCUAAGGGCAUUGGCCCUAUCGUGCACCAGCCGGGCAAAGCUACAGGCUCUGAACUCGGCUGGCUCAUGGUCCGUGGUAUCAUGUCCGCCAUCGCCAACUUCGCAACCCUCAUCGUCAAUGACCCCGACUUCGCCCGUUUCGCCCGCAAACCAUCCGACGCCUUCCUCCCUCAGCUAAUCACCAUCCCCGUCGGCUUCGCCGUCACGUCCUUUAUUGGCAUCAUCGUAUCGUCCUCCUCCACCGUCAUCUUCGGCGGCGACCCAAUCUGGAACCCUCUCGACCUGCUCGAAGCCUUCCUCAAAGAAGGCGGCUCAGGCCAACGCUUUGGCGUCUUCGUCAUCGCCGCAGCCUUCACGCUCGCGCAACUCGGGACCAACAUCGCCGCAAACUCCAUCUCCGCCGGCACAGACAUGACCGCCUUGCUUCCUCGCUGGAUCAACAUUCGCCGGGGGUCGUACAUCUGCGCGCUCAUCGGGCUGGUCAUGUGUCCAUGGAACCUGCUCUCCUCGACCAACAGCUUCACGACCUACCUCAGCGCGUACUCCGUAUUCCUGUCCUCCAUCGCGGGCGUCAUGAUCUGCGACUACUACAUCGUCCGCAAAGGCUACUUGCAAAUCAAGGACUUGUACUCCGGCAAGAAGACCGGACCGUAUUACUACACACUCGGUUUCCACUGGCGCGGGUACGCCGCCUACAUCGCCGGUAUCCUGAUCAACGUCGUCGGCUUCGCGGGCGCAAUCGGUCGCGACGUUCCCAUUGGCGCAAAACGCAUCUACGACCUCAAUUUCUUCGCCGGCUUCCUGGUUGCGAGUAUUGUGUACUGGGGACUGUGCAAGAUAAGCCCGAUUCCGGCGACGAGUGAUGUGUGGUGCGAGGUGGGAGAUGAAAUUACGGAUAUUAGUGUUGCGUAUAGUGAUUCCGAGGGCGACAAGUAUGAUGAGGAGGCGAUGCAUGGCGGGAAAGCGGCUGCUGCGAAGAUUGGGGAGGCUGAAGCUGAGGCUUAUGGAAAGUUUUAG